UUUGACAUAUAAUUGGUGCAGUUUUGUGUGGUCAUGGUGCUUUUAUUAUGACAGAUUCAGACAGGAAGUGUUAUUGUUGUUGCUGUUAACGGAAGACUGCGAACCACAACAUAACGUUACUUAAUUAGAGAGGAUUUUCCACAUCGCACAAUUUCCUCGCUGAUUAGGAAGGGCACCAUGUGGAAGUCACAUGAACGACAAGGAUGAGGCAUAAACAAGGAGGCAGCCUGAGGAGAGAGCACACUGUCAGUCAUAGGGAGGGGGUUUGCUGCUUGUAAAGGCCCUGCACGAGCAGCCCCCUGUGUCCCCCUCUCCUGAACAUAUGCAAUGAACAGCACUACUGAGACCCCUGCCAUCAUAGAUGGGGAUGUGGCAGUCAGCUAUGUGUUGGUGCCAUUUUUCCUCAUCACUAUCAUUGGAAUAGCUGCAGCUGUGGUCAUGUAUAUUCGGAAAAAAAGGAGAAUUGACAGACUUCGUCAUCAGCUGUUACCAGUUUACACAUAUGAUCCAUCAGAGGAACUUAAUGAAGCUGAGCAAGAAAUGUUGUGGAGAGAGGAGGACACAAGGCAUACCAGUUCCUCAAUUGAUUGUACAAGGUUGGGCCAAAAGUUAUCAACAGAGACGCCCUCUUCUGACCAAAGACGUCACUGCAUGAUGGUAGUAAACCAUGGCAGUGUGGAGAAAACCUUCAGCCACAGAGAUGAGUCAUUCUUCAAGUCACGCACAAGAUUGUCUUUGUUUGAUUUUUCUUUGCCGCCGUUUGCGAUAUCUUUCCAGUUUCAUGUACAGACGGAGUGACUGUUCAAUUUUGUGGGUCCGAUGUGCCUAACAUACAUUUAUUUAUUUGAAAUUAUUUAUUCAAACUUUUUUUUGUUUUUUUUUUACUGUGGUAUUCAGCGACAUGACUCAAAGUUUAGAAAGGUGGAAUCCCUCUGAAGGUAAAGGUUCCUGUAGGUUUACUCUGUUUACAUUCAUCAUGUUGUUGUGGGCGACAUGCGGCGAGCGGUAAUGUUCCUGUGGGUUACAGAAGGCAUUUGUACGGACUCUGACAGGGUUUGUGAUCGUAGGUUGCUGUGCAGCAGUUGUUUGCAGUGCAUUAAAAACAAUUAUGGCUUCUUUAAUGAAAUGCUUUGAGUUUUCAACAGUCACACUUGUUGACAUAAAACACUAUAGCAUGACUUAAAAAAUCCAGUUUUAAACUCAGUUUCAUAUUGAUAAAGAUAGAUUUAAGAUAUUUAUGAGAUAGAUUGGGUGUCAAAAUGAGGUUGGAUGAUUUUAUUUGUUUCAUUUUGAGUCAAAAGGUUGAACGUGCACUUUUUGGUUUGAGUUUCCUCUCAGAAUUUACCAAGCUGCCCCACGAUCCGGAUCUUUUAGCGGUUUAGCCAAAUCCUAUGACUCUUUUCAAUGGCAUGAAAAGCCCGAUAUGGAAGUAACACCGACCUCCUCUCAUCUACAAAAUGAGCUAUGACUAGUGCCCUAAAUAUGUCCUGUCUACAAGGCAUGGCACCAGCACAAAUUUACCUCCAGCUGAAGAUGAAUGCCAUAGGUAUGACUGUCUCAAGCACUCAGGAAACUGUGCUCUUUUUCUUGAUGAAUUGUAACUUUUCCUGAAUUUUAUUCUGAAUGUAAACUAAAUGCAAUAGCAUUGUUUAAACUGUUCUUGAAGGGGAACCUGUAUUGGUUGUGAAUAUAAAAAGGUCUUGUACAGAUAAUGCCUGGACUUGAUGUCAGGUAUGAUAUUUAGGUGUUUCAGAAUGAGAACACCUUUUUUUUUUCCCUUUUAAGUUUCAACCUGAAAACUUCUUUACCCCAGAACAUUUUCCUCUGUGCUCCCCAGUCAUCUUUACAUCUCACUGUUCAUUGUAUAUGCAUUAUAAAGACUUUGUGACAAACCAAUGAAAUAGGAUAGUCACAAUUUAAAGUUGUACGAAUAUCCAAUCAGGACAUUGAUUUGCACUGGUAACACUCAUGGUAAGGUUCUCAUGGAACGCUGUGAUUUCCGGUUGCCCAUGACAAAAGUGAAAUAACUACUGAUGUAAACGUGAACUUGGCAGCACUGUUAUAAAGUUGAACCGUCAAACUGUUGUACCAGUUUGUUGCUUUAGGAGGGAAUUUAUCGAGGCUGUUGAUUUAAAACAUUGAACAUAAUAAAGUAAUAACUUUGUCUUUGUGCCAACUGUCAUAUGCAGCUUAACUAGCCGAGAAGUGUAGAGGAAAUUAUACUGCA